UGCACGUGACGUCAUAAAGGAAAACAUUGGACAGUCGAUCACAGCUCUGUGCAUACAUGUCGCAUUUUCUCCUUUAUUUUCCUUCUGGGUUGCACAUCCAGACAGAUACGAACCCUAAAAUCGAGCGCUGACAUACUGGCAUCGUCGUCGGACUCCGAGAGCGGUGGUCUGACCCCUCCACCGCGGAAAAAGCUUAAAACUUGUGUCAGUAUGCAGACCAAUGGUACCACACAACAACACAAUGGAGAAACCGUGGAGAUGCCGUCGGUUUCGCAACAUAACGGCACCUGUGAGGGGUCGUUUAAUGGUGAACUAACGGAUAAACCUUCUCCACAAAAAACAAUGUCAAGAUCUGAUGUAGAUAUCAUUCGAUUGAUAGGACAGCAUUUGAGGGGACUUGGACUAAAUCACACUGUUGAUGAGUUAAUAGCCGAGUCGGGUUGCAUGUUAGAACAUCCAGCUGCAGCUAAGUUUAGAUCUCAUAUAAUGACAGGGGAAUGGUCGAAGGCAGAUGAAGAUUUGGAGGAUCUGAUAACUCUAGUGGAGAAGUCAGACAGUAUUCUGGAGAUGCGUUUCCUUAUCAUGGAACAAAAGUAUUUGGAGUUGUUGGAAGAUGGACAUGUAUUAGAGGCUUUACAGUGUCUAAGACAUGAACUUACACCACUAAAAUAUAACACUGAGAGGGUUCAUGAACUUAGCACGUUUAUGAUGUGUAGUAAUCCGGAAGAUUUGCAUGAAAUGUCAGAAUGGUGCGGUAAAGGUCAGGAGACAAGACAAAAGCUCAUUGAAAAAUUACAAGCAUUCCUGCCUCCAUCAGUGAUGUUACCUCCUCGAAGAUUGAUGACCCUUCUAAACCAAGCUGUUGAAUUACAGAAAGAUAAAUGCCCUUAUCAUAACACCAAGUCCACAAAUACUCUAGAAGAUGUCUCUUUGUUGCUUGACCAUGUCUGUAGCAAGGAACAAUUUCCAUGUCAGACAGCUCAAGUGCUCAAUGAUCACUGUGAUGAUGUCUGGUUCCUACGUUUCUCACCAGAUGGAACUAUGCUGGCCACCGGCUCAAAGGAUGGUACCCUCAUAGUCUGGGAUGUAGAAAAGGAAACUGGAACAGUAAAACAUAAAAGAACAUUUGAAAACCAUUCAUAUGGGGUAUCAUACAUUGCAUGGAGCCCUGAUUGUACAUACAUCAUAGCCUGUGGACCAGACGAUUGCUCUGAACUCUGGCUAUGGAAUGUUUUGACUGGAGAGUUAAAGGUGAAGAUGAGCCAAUCACCUGAAGAUAGUUUAACAAGUGCAUCCUGGCAUUGUGAUGGCAGGAAGUUUGUUACAGGUGGUGUCCGGGGACAGUUCUACCAGUGUGAUUUAGAUGGUAAUGUGUUAGAUUCCUGGGAAGGAGUCCGGGUUCAAUGUCUUGCCUGCCAGGUAGAUGGUAAACUUGUGUAUGCUGCCGACACACACUUCCGCAUUAGAGGUUACAACUUCGAUGAACUUACAGACUGCCAUUUAAUUCAGGAGUCACACCCUAUCAUGUCUUUCACAUUAAAUGAAACAGGACGGCUAUGCCUGCUGAAUAUAGCAAGUCAGGGAGUCCAUUUAUGGGACCUAAAAGACCGUGUUUUAGUACGUAAAUUUCAAGGUGUGUCACAAGGAACAUAUGCAAUACAUUCAUGUUUCGGUGGUCUCAAUCAGGAUUUUGUUGCCAGUGGAAGUGAAGAUAAUAAAGUAUAUAUUUGGCAUGCACGGCGAGAAAUGCCCAUCACUGUAUUAGAAGGUCACUCACGCACUGUCAACUGUGUUCAUUGGAAUCCCAAAGUGCCUAGCAUGCUGGCAAGUGCGUCAGAUGAUGGCACAGUACGGGUAUGGGGUCCAAGGUUACCUACCAAUUCAAAAACAGGAUCAAACUCAAGUUGUAUAGAAUCUGGUCGAAGUACUCCUGUAUAACACAGACUCAAAAUUAGGCUUCCAAAAUUUUCAUCAACAUCGUUCAAAUGCAUGAAGAAAUCGCCUGCUGCAAAUUGUUUCAAAAUUUUACAUCAUUUCAUUAUCAAGUGUUGAAAAUCCUCUUUUGAAGAUGAAAAAAAUCUAAAACAUGCAUUCUCAUUAGUGGAGUUCGACUGUAUGUUUCGAAGUACAAUAUGAUGGAUUGGAGGACCCAAAAUUCUAAGGAUAGUUACAUACUAAAAAUGUGUCUUACGAGGAAGAAAGUUCAAACACUUAUAACGUCCAUACAUCAUUUAUUUAUUAGGGUUUACGUUGCAUGAAUGAAAUCAUUACCAUUUUUGAUAAAAGUUUGUGUAAUGUUACGCAUCUUUUUUUUUACAUAGAACAAUUUUUAUCACAAGACUUUUUAUUGAUGACAUUGUCAAUUUUCAUUACAUUUAUGAUUAUGUAUGAUAAAUUAUAUUUAGCUGAUGUCAUAGGUCAAAUAAUCAUGCAUGUAUUAAAUUGAACAUGUUAUAAUUGUAGGACAAGUAGUGAGUGACUAUUUUUUUAUCUUUACCACUCUAGAUACUGUAAAUGGAAUUGUCAGUCUUUUAAUUUAGACAAAACCAUUCAUCAUUUUUAGGGAAAAUGUUAAAAUAUAUACUUACUGAAGAGCAAACGGCAGAUCAAACGGCAGAGCAAACGUCAGAUCAAGAUCAGACGGCAUGGAUUUGCAGGCAGAUGUUGGGUCUGCACUGGUUGUAUGGGCAGACUCAUUCACUGCCAGCAGGCUGAAGGUUAAGGGUGUAUACAACAAAUAAGAUGGAAGAAUUUAAUACAAUCAAUAAAACACUGAAUUUAUGUAAUGGACUUGCCCUGUCUAGGUAUUUGGAACUAUACAUUGUUAUUUCAAGGGGUUUCAAUUUCAAAUUCAAAAUUUGAUCAGGGAACAGUAUAAAUUUAGUCUGACUACACAGGCAUGCAGGCUGGCCAGAUUUUUAUGCUAGUAGUAUAGGCAAGUCAGUGUAACUUGAGUUGCUGUUAAUGCACUAAAUUUCUUCCUUUACCAUUUGUUUUUGGUGCCUAAAAUUUAUUUCUAUUUCUUCUGAAGUUUUUUUUAAAAUGCAUUAAAUCAGUCUAUUUUUGCUCUUAAAGAAAAAUGUGUUAGAAAUUCGGCAUUUUAUAAAUGGUUAAUGACUUCUAAUAAAAAUUAGAAAUUUAUUUUCUGAAUGCAAUUCAGUGAUGUUGUCUCUAAAACGAACACAGACUUGUUUCUGUAUUUUAUCUAUUAUUGCAAAUUAUGAGAAUAUACUAAAUAUGGACAUAUGUUCAAAGCUAAAGAGCUAUUAGUAUGCUAUUUACUUUUAUAGAAACCAGUUAUCAGUAACCAUGUUUUUCUAUUGUCUUGUUUUGUGCUAGAAAUUAUGCUGUGUUAUUUAAGUGAUAAAUUUGGUCGUCUAAAUAUAAUUGUGUAAAACAGUCGUCUAUGUUGAAAUGUGUGACCGUAGACAUAAUUGAACGCGCCAUGACGAAACCAACAUAAUGGGUUUGCUACCAGCAUGGAUCCAGACCAGCCUGGGCAUACAGUCUGUUCAGGAUCCAUGCUGUUUUCUAUCAGUUUCUGUACUUAUUAUAGGGUUUGUAAGCGAACAGCAUGGAUCCUGAUCAGACUGCACGGAUGCGCAGGCUGGUCUGGAUCCAUGCUGGUCGCAAACCCAUAUGUUGGUUUUGUCAUGGUGCGGCUCAAUUAUAUGUUUGUGUUAUUUUAUGUUUGUAUAUAUGCUAAAUGCAGAUUUUAAUAUGGGUAUUAUAUUUUUUGUUUCUUUUUAUUUCCAAACAUUGUUUGUAAAUUGUUGUGGAAUGGGUUUGUUUUAUGAUAACUGAAUCAUGUCACCCCCUUGUUAGAGAGUAUUCCCAGUUUGUAUUUUGUGUUUUAUAUGAAUGUAUUAAAUAGUUUAUGAUUAUGAAAAAUAAUUUCCAACUUGUUAAAUGAACAUAUGUAUACAAGAUAAUCUAUUUAUCUAUUUUGCCUAUAAGAUAUGAUUGUUUUGAACACAGUGGUGUCGAUUAUAAAUUAGAUCUGAUUCAUUUUGGUUUGAAUCUGUUACAUCUGUGGAAAUUAAAGAAAAAAGUUCUUGAAAACAAGCAUUCCUUUUCUUAACGUUUUGUUUCUUCUUUUGGAACUAUUAUUAUUUUUAUUAAGAUUUCUAAACGUACAUCCUAAUUUCCAGUUUCAGUUUUUUAUUUCCUACUUAGUGGUUUCAUUUUUCUGUCCUUCCAUUUUUUGUCCAAAUUUGGGAAGAAUUUUCUUUAUUUUGUAUGCCUUUUGUUAUCAUGAUCUGUUAUUUUAUGAAACACUAAGUGUGCUAUCUAUAAAUGAUUUAGAACCUUUAAAUUUAAGGUAAACAUGUCCCCACAUGAUACAAGGUUCUUUAGGACAUCCAUUCUGAUAAAUGUUUACAUUUUACAUGUAAAACAGAUAUUGAUACAAUUCUGAAGGAACACAUUCCUUAUAAGAAAUGUUCCAGACAUGGUUUGACGGAAGACGAUAAUAAAGAGGCCAAUGUUUAAUCAAGUGGGGAAAAAGUAGCUUUAUUGUGAGACAUCUUAGUACUGUAAUAGUGAUAUGUCAAUGUGUGAAAAUGAUCAAGGUGAUGUAGAAAAAGGCUGGGCUAUAUCUUAAUAUUUAUUCAAUACAAAAGUAUGAAAAUGUAAUACGGUAAAAAAGGAAAUAUGCAAAACAAAAUAGAAAUCUUAGAUAGAAAAAUUGAGCGUAUCUUGUAACACACAUUGAAGGGAAGCAAUUGUCAAAUUUUUAAGGUGUUGCCUGUGAUACCCAGUGUUUAUUGGUUCGAGCCCUUCUUGAUUCACAUCCUUGCUUCCUCAAAUCACACCUGCACAGGUUAGUCCCAGGCAUCAUAUAUUUUUAUGAGGCAGGAAUUUAUUUCACAGUCUGGCAUGAAAUAAAAUACAUUAAAUGAAAUUUUGUGUCAUAGUUUACCUGUGCUGAUUUUGGAAUUGCCCUUUGUUAGCACUUGACCUGCUGGUUUUUUUUUUAUAAAUGGACUUGUCCAACUUCCAUUAUUUGGAACUGUCCAUUAUAAAUUUUGGGGACGUCCAGAGGAGAAAAUUACACCAUUUUGAAAACAGGUCAUGUCUUGUUGUUUGUACACUGGCAAAUUUUAUUGUAAAUAGCAAUGGAGUGAAAAAAAAUAUUUUUUUUUAUUUAUAAAUGUCUAUGUAUUUGACUCUGUGAUUCUGUUAGUGUAUUGAUGUCAAGGUAGUUACCCAUAAAGCCAUGUAGAAAUUAGGUCACAGUAUAUAAUAGUGCUUUCAAAAUUUCCUUCAUUACGUGUUGUUUACAAAAAUUUGAACAUUUUGUUUGCGUGAUCCUCCAUUUGCGUUCUUUUUUUGGACAUUCCCUCAUUUAAUAUAUGAUUUUCAUUUGUUGAUUAGUCAUAAUUUUUUUCUUUAAACAGUUUUGAAAUAUAAGUUCACAGGAUUUUGUUUGUUAUUGUUGAGAGCUCUGAAGAAAUUUUGGCUGACACUUGGCUAUAAUCAUUCAUAGAUAACAAAACAAAAGAUUGCAACCUGAUCGAGAAAUUGCUGCGGCAGAAAUGAAAGUUUUAUUAAGCCAGACAGUUUUUUAGAAAUUUACAGCUGUAAUAAAUUGAUGUACACUUCUACUACAAUAUAGGAUGUACUCUUUGGCUUUAAAAACAAUUAUAAUGUUCAAUAUUAUAAAAUUGCCGCAAGUGUCAGUCUAGCAUUAAAUUCAUUAUUGGCUAUUAUUACAUUGUAUGAAGUUAUCUUUGUUUCAUAUUUUUCGUUACAGAAUAAAAGAUCAGAUAUUCGAAUGCAUGAUGAAAAAUUAUGGAGUAGAAUGCAUAGGUUUUGUUCUAAAUGGUAAAUGUUUUAGUUGAAUGAUUUUAUAUUCCCAUACAGUGUUUUUCUUUUCUUCUGGUUUCAAAUACUAUGAUUGUGUAACAAUAUUUUAUAGUAAUAAUAAUAAAUGAAUAGAAAUAAA